AUGGCGGACAGCGUCCGUUUGAACAACGCCAUGGCUCCUCACGAGGUGUCGCUGCUCUACAUCCUUUGGCACAUGAAGACUGUGGGCGGGGUGCACAUUAUCAACGCCACACAAGACGGCGCUCAGGAGCGGAAAAUGGUCGGGGGUACUCAACAGCUGAGUCAGAGGCUGGCUGAGCACGUGGGGCUUGAAAACGUUUUACUGGAAAAACCUGUAACAGAAAUCGAUCAGACUGGUGAUGAGAUCAAAGUCAAGGUCGACAGCGGAGCCAUCUAUACGUGUGGUCACGUGAUCCUAAGCACGCCGUUGUCCAUACAAGCCCAAGUGAGAAUGAAGCCCCCGCUCCCCCCGGCUAGGAAUCAGCUGAUACAGAGAGUGCCUAUGGGCUGCGUCAUGAAAGCUUUCGUCUACUACAAAACUGCCUUCUGGAAGGAGAAAGGUCAGCACGUAUUCCGACGUCCCAUUGGCCGCGUGUUCUUCGCAGGGACGGAAGUGGCCACCCAAUGGGCGGGCUACAUGGAGGGAGCCAUCCAAUCAGGGGAGAGGGCUGCCAAUCAGGUUCUACAAGCAGUUGGCCUGUCCAGUAAAGAGGACGUUGACGAGAACGAGGAAGACGAAAUGAGUGAAGAGGACAUGAGAUCCAAACGCAUUCAGCCCAGCUUCCUGGAAAAACACGCACCGACGGUCCCCAGUUUCCUUGGCAUGGUGUCUCUCGCUGGAUUGGCCCUCGCGUUUUGCAGCAGAUUGUAA